AACAACAACAGAUUGACGGUUGGUGUAACCCAUAUACCUAUUAGCUCAUCGGCUGUGCACAUCGCUUCCAGUCUCAGCCCGGAAAGAUUCAGAGAUAUUCUGUGCUGAUAUUAUUUGUUUUGCUUUGAUGGGUCUUUAGCCUUUACUGCUUAUCUGUGUAUGUUAUACUCUAAGCUUUCGCUGGCAUUAGCUGACUCCAUAUAUCGGUCGGUGGUGGCUUCCGCCUGAGGAUCAAAACCAGCAUUCAAGAUGAGUAUGUACGGGAGGGAUCCAUGGGGUGGCCCGCUCGAGAUUAAUGCUACGGACUCCGCCACGGACGAUGAUCGGAGCCGGAACAUGCAAGAUAUCGAUAGAGCCGCUCUGUCUCGACCGUUGGAUGAGACGCAGCAAAGCUGGCUGCUGGGGCCGACCGAGCAGAAGAAGAAGAAGUAUGUGGAUCUCGGUUGCAUUAUCGUUAGCCGUAAGAUCUUUGUUUGGACGGUUGGUACGCUUCUGGUAUCAGCCUUCUUAGCUGGCUUCAUCACCCUUAUCGUCAAGACCGUCCCACGCCACCAUCACAAGCAUGGUCCUCCUGAUAACUAUACUUUAGCCCUCCAAAAGGCCCUUAUGUUCUUUAACGCUCAAAGAUCGGGAAAACUCCCCAAACAUAAUAAUGUAUCAUGGAGAGGUAACUCAUGUCUGCAAGAUGGCAAUUCAGAAUCAUCAACUAUUAAGGAUCUGGUGGGUGGUUACUAUGAUGCUGGAGAUGCAAUCAAGUUCAAUUUUCCUGCGUCUUUUGCCAUGACCAUGCUGAGCUGGAGCGUAAUUGAAUACAGAGCAAAGUAUGAAGCCGCUGGCGAACUGGACCACGUAUUGGAGAUAAUUAAAUGGGGGACAGAUUACUUUCUCAAAACCUUCAAUAAUUCUGCUGAUUCCAUAACCACACUUGUUGCACAAGUUGGCUCAGGGGAUACUUCUGGAGGGAGUACAACUCCGAAUGACCAUUACUGCUGGAUGCGCCCAGAGGACAUUGAUUAUGAUCGGCCUGUAACAGAAUGUCACAGUUGUUCAGAUCUUGCAGCAGAAAUGGCUGCUGCUUUAGCCUCUGCAUCCAUUGUUUUCAAAGACAAAAAGGUUUAUUCGCAGAAACUUGUUCAUGGUGCCACAACGCUGUUUCAGUUUGCAAGGGAAGAAAGAGGCCGAUACAGUGCGGGUGGUUCGGAAGCUGCAAUAUUCUACAAUUCCUCCAGUUACUGGGAUGAGUUUGUGUGGGGAGGGGCUUGGAUGUAUUUUGCAACUGGAAACUCCUCUUAUCUAAAACUUGCUACUACUCCUGGCCUGGCCAAGCAUGCUGGUGCCUUCUGGGGAGGCUCUGAUUACGGUGUACUGAGCUGGGAUAACAAGCUUGCUGGUGCUCAGGUUCUUUUGAGUCGUUUGAGGCUGUUCUUGAGCCCUGGAUAUCCUUACGAGGAGAUCUUAAGGACGUUUCACAACCAGACAAGCAUAGUAAUGUGCUCGUACCUGCCAGUUUUCACAAGCUUUAACAGAACUAAAGGGGGCUUGAUUCAGUUGAACCAUGGUAAUCCCCAGCCUCUUCAAUAUGUUGUUAACGCAGCCUUUCUGGCUACCCUUUAUAGUGAUUAUCUUGAUGCUGCCGAUACUCCCGGAUGGUAUUGUGGACCCAAUUUCUUCUCGACUGAUGUUCUUCGGGACUUUGCCAAGACCCAGAUUGACUACAUCCUUGGGAAGAAUCCUCGGAAGAUGAGCUAUAUUGUGGGUUUUGGAAAUCGCUAUCCGAAACAUGUCCACCACAGAGGUGCAUCCAUACCAAAGAAUAAGGUUAGGUAUAGCUGUACGGGAGGAUGGAAAUGGAGGGACACUUCAAGGCCAAACCCCAAUACACUUGUUGGAGCUAUGGUCGCUGGCCCUGACAAGCAUGAUGGUUUCCAUGAUGUUCGUACUAACUAUAACUACACAGAACCAACGCUUGCAGGAAACGCGGGCUUAGCAGCUGCUCUUGUGGCACUGUCAGGUGGCAAAAGCGCUGGAAUAGACAAGAAUACUAUUUUCUCGGCUGUUCCCCCAAUGUUUCCCUCGCCGCCUCCACCUCCGGCACCAUGGAAGCCCUGAGAUGUCGUCUAUGUUCUUUCUUCAAUAAGCAAGCAAAAGGACUUGAAUGAACUGAUGAUUUUUAGUCAUCCACCAACUGCGAAAUUUAAGAAACUUUGAAGGUUUGGAUGGACAUCAACAGAUGGAAUUAGACCUAGUUUGUCUCGUUGUCUGGGCCAAUAGUCAGCUCAGGAUAGCAGUGAAGAACCCAUCAGUGUCACUUGAUUGAGAGCGUGUUUAAAAUUUUGGUUGUACACGGUAUGCAUAUAUGUAUGCAUGGAUGUAUGUAUGUUUUAAAUAUUGUAUUCUCUGGACUCAAUUGUUAAAUGUUCCGCAGUUCUGUCAAAUAUUGACAGUCAACUCUAACUUCAUCCUCUCACAUGUUAAAUAACUUUUCUUGUGAAAUCUUCUUACUUC